ACACUCACUUGCUUGCACACACCCUCUUGCGUGUGUUGAUUUAUGGAAACAAUUAUGAUUCUGUUGCAGUCUCUUCCGAGCAAGGAAAGUUUGUAGCUACAGUUAGAAUCUCACGUUGCAAAAGGCAGACAACAGAAAUGGAAUACUUGUGUGUCCAGCUGCUAUCAAGAGGAGCAAAUAUUUUGCUUUCAGCGCAAGAGGUGAAUUCAAGUAGCAAAGGAAGUCACAGCAGCCAAGAUUUUUGCAACCUGUUUCUUUAAAAGGAUAUCCUGGCAGAAAGAAGACUGAAGGGGACAUUUCCCGGGAUACCUGUAUCUUCAAAACAAAGUGUGGCUCAGAGUUUUGGAUGCGGGAGCAACCGUUGGUUGAAUAUAAUUCACGUGAAGGGAGAGAAGAAGUCAAUGACCAAAGAGCGACCACCUACUGAGGACUGAUUCUUUUUCAUUAUGUUAUUCAUGGGCACCCAGAACACUGUACUAUAAUGCACAAAUGGAUAUUGUCAUGGAUCCUGCAAACUUUGCUCUACCGAUCAUAUUUUUAUGUUAUCUUCAUGGUGAGCGCGAUCUCGUUCGCUUGCAAUGACAUGACCCCGGAGCAAAUGGCUACAAAUGUGAACUGUUCCACCCCUGAGCGACACACCAGAAGUUACGAUUAUAUGGAAGGGGGGAAUGUCAGAGUGAGAAGACUUUACUGUCGGACUCAGUGGUAUAUCAAGAUCGAUAAGAGAGGCAAAAUAAAAGGCGUCCCGGAGCCAAUCAGCAACUACAGUAUUCUCGAAAUAAGAACGGUGGCAAUUGGAAUCGUGGCAAUCAAAGGAGUGGCAAGCGAAUACUUUCUAGCCAUGAACAAGUCGGGGAAACUCUACGGAAAGAAAGUGUGCAAUGAGGACUGCAACUUCAUAGAGCUGAUUGAAGAAAACCAUUACAACACAUACGCGUCAGCAAACUGGACGCACAGAGGGAAGCAGAUGUAUAUUGCCUUGAAACAGAACGGUGCCCCUAAGAGAGGCCAAAGAACAAGCAAGGAAGACGGAGCUUCCCAUUUCCUCCCGCGUGCGGUAUCCUAAUUACAUCUUGCCGACGGAGAACCAUUUCCAGCCCAAUUUUUUUUUUCAUUUUAAAAAGGGGGACGUUUUGAAAGUGCAAGAAGGAGAAGCUGGAAUACUACUGAAACACUGAACAAGCUGGACUUGCGCGUUUAUGUUUAUUUUUUAAGACUGCCUUUAAGAAAAAGAAAAUUGAAAAAUAUACACAAAAUCAGAUUUUAGUAACUAAAAGUUGUAAAAAGUUGUAAAAAGUUGUACAAUCCUUAACGUUUAGUAUAAGAGUAGCAUCGCGAAUCCUUAAGUUAAAAUUUACUCUUUAAUGAAGCGUCUAAGUCGUGACUUGAUUAUCUGACGGUAUUUUUUUAUUUAAAAUAAACCUAUCUGCUUCAUUAAACUUGGCUGCUAUAAUAAUAAAUAAUAAUGAUAAAUAUUAAUAAUAAUAAUAAUAAUAAAGCAGAUGAAAAAAUGUUUGUGUAAAAUACGUCGGACUUGAAGGCUGCUGGGAUGGUGAUGCAAAUCUUCGUUAGUACUCGUUGGAGAACUGAGCAGUAGUAUUAUGGACUCCGCAGUGCUAAAAAGAGAACACUGGUCACUGUGGUAUUCAGACAAUAAAGCUAGUUUGGAAGAUAGAGGCUGCACCAUUGCAAGACAUUCACAUGUAUUUGUCGAAAUGCCGAACGCUGCUCUGAACGCUGUUGCAAAAUAGUGUAUAUAAAAUAAUAUUAAUAAGGGAAAUGUACUUUCAUCUCACUUUCCUCAAAAUAUCCUUUUAUAUAAUGACAAAUUCAGACAACAUCAUACAGGUUUUUUUUAUUAAAAAAAAUGUAACAUAACCUAUCUUUUUAUAUAAUUCCUGUUAGGGCGUAUGGCUUCUGAUAUUUCUCCCACCGUUAUUCAUGCUUUUCUCUGUUACAGCAUUAAACUUUAUUUUAAGUUAUA